AAUGAAAGGACCACAUACGGAGAUGAUGCUGGAGCGCGUGAUAGGUGUUCAUUUGAUUCGCUGUAAGACCUGGUUACGAUAGUAGCGUUUAAAAUGUGUUUAACUGUAUUACGCUUUGGUAUAGGGAAGCGAUGGUACAUUAAUUUAUAAAAAUAUAGCUAUUUGUUUAACAACGCGAUAAGGCGUUUUGCAAUUUCACCACUAAUCCUUUUGUUCAUUAAAUUUAAAAAUCUAUGCUUUUAGUUGUAUUAAAUAGUACUAAAACGCAUUCAUUUACUAUCCUUAAAAGUGUAGUUUUGCAAAAUGUUAACUAGGAUUUGUGGUACAAAAAUAUAUAAAGAAAAUGAAGAAUCUCUUACACAUUAGAAGGUGCGGCCCUGUGGAAACUGAUGCAAUUAUUCUAGAUAAAUGACCGUGAACGCAAGUGCUCAGAAAUUAGUAAUACAUUUAAUUUAAAUUCGUGGCGGAUUGGUUGUCAAGUAGUGAUACCCAGACUUUAAGAUAAACAUACAUUGCUCUGAUUUAAGUUUUCGAUUAAAUAGAGCCUAAGAUGGGUUUCAUACCUGGCAUGUGGUAAAUAUCUGGAUUAAAUAACUUUUAAAAGAAUCGACGGUAGCACCGCGAGAACAACCUGCGGGUGAUGCUCCAUCAUAGUAUACAUCAGCACCAAGCAGUAGUUUUCGUACAUGCCUAGCGUCUGCAAUGAAAAGUAUGCGUGCUUUUAGAUUUUUGGCUAUGUGAUUUCGCCGUGCACUUUUAUAUUUUUAUUUUUUGCAAGAAGAAAGCGUUUGGGGAAAGGGUAAUUGCGCUCGGGGAAGGCACGGUGCCGCCGGCAAGCAUGCCGACUUCACGCUCCGGCGCCAGCGCAGCGGAAUACUGGGUCGACGGCUCGCGGCGAGACGCCUCUAUAGAGGAUUUCUACAUCAUGGGCCCGGAAUUAGGAAGGGGGGCCACGUCUGUGGUGUUCCGGUGUGAAGAGAAGCAGACUGAGAAGCUCUAUGCUUCCAAGAUACUAAAGAAAACUAUUGACAAGAAAAUAGUGAGGACUGAAAUUGGAGUCCUGCUGAGGCUCUCCCAUCCGAAUAUUAUCCGCCUGAAGGAGAUCUUCGAGACAGAUACCGAGAUCGCUCUGAUCCUGGAGCUAGUGACCGGGGGGGAACUCUUUGACAGGAUUGUGGAAAGAGGAUACUACAGCGAGAGGGACGCUGCUCACGUUAUCAAGCAGAUUCUGGAGGCGGUGGCGUAUUUACAUGAGAAUGGAGUGGUACACCGGGACCUGAAACCAGAGAACCUCCUCUAUGCUGACCUUUCCCUGGAUGCCCCUCUGAAGAUAGCGGAUUUUGGCCUCUCCAAGAUCAUAGACGACCAAGUGACAAUGAAAACAGUGUGUGGUACUCCUGGGUACUGCGCUCCGGAAAUCCUCAGAGGCAGCAGCUACGGCCCAGAGGUGGACAUGUGGUCCGUUGGAGUCAUUCUCUACAUACUGCUUUGUGGAUUUGAACCAUUUUUCGACCCAAGGGGAGACCAAUACAUGUACAGCCGCAUCCUUAACUGCGACUACGAAUUUGUCUCCCCCUGGUGGGAUGAAGUUUCCUUAAAUGCCAAGGACCUGGUCAGCAAGCUGAUCGUCUUGGACCCCCGCAAGCGCCUGACGGUUCAGCAGGCCCUGCAGCACCCGUGGGUGCUGGGGAAGGCUGCCCGCUUCUCGCACAUGGACACCACCCAGAGGAAGCUGCAGGAAUUCAACGCCCGGCGCAAACUCAAGCAGGCUGCGAUGAAAGCAGUGGUGGCCACCAGCCGCAUGCACGAGGGUUCCCGGCGACGCACUGACAGCUGCGAAAGCCCCGGGUCCGACAAGACCGCUCAGGAGAAGAGCGUGCAAAAGAAGUCAUCCCCGGACUGCCGGAGUCAGCAGAGUCACACCAAAGACACUCCUGACCUCACUGAUGAAAAGGCUCCACCACCAAGUCAGUCCUCCCCGCUAAUUCAUGCUCUUCCACAAUGCAGCCCAAAGAAACCCGCUGCCCGUCCACUGCCUACAGGAUGCCCUCCUGGCCUCCCGCCCACCCGGCCGCCCCUGAAACCAGACGGACUCAAACAACUGUCCGUCAUCCCUAAAACUGCAGUCGUACGGCCCCGAAUCACUGCAAAGAGCUGCUCAGUGGCUCCGGUAGACAAGCGGGAGCCCUCCCCAAUCCUACCUACCCCCCCGAGCCCCAGAAAUAUCAGCAAUGGCUUUAUGGUGGAGGUAGAGACCAGCAACAAGACAACUCAGUGUCAGUGACUGUGAGUACUGCAAGAAUCAUAAGGAAACGGGGACUCAUUUUGUGGCAGGAGGUUAAAGAUACAUCAUGGUAAUGUCAGGAGGAAAAAACACUAUUCUGCCCACUUCCUGUGUAUACUGAUUCACCAAUGACAGUUUCAGACAUCGUCAUUUUCUGUUCCAAGUGGUGAUUUCUGGAAGGCAGCCAUUGCUGCCAGUUACCAUCCUUGCCUCCAUCAAAUAUUUGCUCUUUUUUUUUUUUGAGGACACCCUCAACAGCAAUUUCAAUCAGUUUGGCAUUUAAUAAUAGUCUUGGCACUUCCUUUCCGCUUCUUAAGCAUUUGCACACUAAAGACAGAAAUGUCUGACAUAUACGAAUAGGAUGAAGGUGUCUAUUUCUUUUUGUAACAACUGUAUAAGAACUUGUUUUUAUUGUGAAAGCCAUUCAACGCAAAAAUGCUCUCUGAUGCUCUUCGUCCUUCAUGCAUCUCCUUUACUACACAUAAUUUGUUUUUCAGGGUGAGUGAAAUUCACACGGAACGGUUUUGGGUCCUUGUCAUAUAGAAAGAAGAUGGUACUUCCUCUCUAUAUAGAGAAACGUCAUUAGGUCCUGGACACAGGACAGUCUCCUGUUUAAAGAGACACUACAGAUGUCAUGAGGCAUAUUUUCAAAGGAGUCAGUUAUAUGUUGAACUGACAACAUUACCCUUUAUUUUAAUUCACUAUCUACCUCGUGACUGCACUGGAAUCUCAAAAAUGGAAUGCUGGUCAUUUGAUUUAAUUCGAUACAUUUUCCACAGUCACACUUUUGAUCUCCAUCCCCAUAUGUUUUCUAUCAAAGGGCUGCACACGGUGGACCCCAGAUAUAUAGCAAACGUUGAAUCUGUCCCCAGUUAGGAAGUUCGGAUCUCCUUGGUUAAUUUGUGUAUACUGUCGCUCGCCAGACAAUUGUGCAGAUACAGUAAGAGUAUCAUUGCUAAACAAGAGAUUUGCAAAAGUAACUGAAGCAUCGAUAGCAAUGGACAGGGGACAAUUAAAAAGGGUGAUAAUUGGCUAAAUCUGUACGAUGGUAUAUGAAUAUAGAUUUUACCAGUAUCAUUGCUUUAAAAUGCUGUUUAAAAUAUCGUCAUCUUAGGCAAAGUUCGUGCUUGUUAUGAUGUUACAGUGUUAAAUGUUUUGCUUAAUACACGUAAUGGGUAGUCUGAGAUUUGAGCAUUUUUGAGAUGUAUGAAUGGUGAUGCAGAUUUACCAAUAUCUUUAAUUACCAUACAGCGGUAACCACCUUUAACUUAACCUUUUCCUGAACUUUGAAUAAAUACAUGCUUAAAUGACUGUUUAUUUUGAUGUCAAGUUGUGUUAUCGGAAUACGCGACAAGCUGCCCCAUGACCCUGUACCAGAUAAGCAGUUGGAGGAUGGGAGGAAGAACGGAUGGAUGGAGGACAAGUAGCUAUGGCAGAUGUGGUGCCUAUUACUAAAAAGGAAGGUUUUUCUUAAAAAUGGCGUCCCAUUCUGCUGCUUUGUCUGGUUCUUCCUGCAUGGGCUACAGACUCACUCAAAUGAUCUGUACAAUACAUUGUUUUCUCCAAGCUUAUAUUUCGCGAUAGACAUUUAACUUAAUUAUGUUUAUAUGAAAUCUGGUAAUACCAUCAAACGAAAAUUACAGUGAUUUGUACAUAUUCUUUGCAAACGGAUUUGUUUUGUCUGACAGUUUUAGUUCCUAAGAGAAUAAGAACUAAUACAAUCCACAAAUCAUUCACUUACCAAGCCUGAAUUGCUUCCGUACUGUAAGUAUGUAGCUGCAUAAAUGGUGUAAUUAUAAGCCUUUGGAUUAGAGUGUCUAAGAGAAACAAUUGUAUUACAAUACAUAGUUUGCAUUAUGGUUGAUUAGGUAUGGGGAAAGUAUUCAUAUUAUCUGAACCAAUUUUUUUAUUUAUAUAUGGCUAAAGUGGUUAUCACUAUAUAAACUGGCAUACCAAUGAAUUGUCCUAUUUUUAACUAAUGAUUAUUAUGCAUCGUUACCGAAAAUAUAGUUGCUCACCAUUGAGCAUCGUUAAUACUCUGUACUACUUUACAUAAAGUAUGUUGUCACUCUUUCACUAUAAUAGGAAGUGCAUUAAAUGCAACAAAUUAUAGAUGCAGACAAAAUUAUGUAGCAUAAAUAAGUUUCACUGUGAAUCACUGCAUUAUAAGGGAUCAAAUGCUCUGGAAAUAUUAUUGAACAGUUUACAAAUAAUGUCAUUCAUUAAUAAAAAUGUGUCAAUUUA